AUGGCCAGCAGCGUGACGGCCGCGGAGCUCGCGGCGUGUGUCGCGACGCUGCAGAAGCUGCACGAAGACGAGGCGCACGAGCUGUUCCAGUCGUCGCCGCUGUUCAAGCCGCUACGGACAGCGCUGGUCCCGCUUAUUUCCGAUUUACGAGCCAAGUUCUACCAUGGAAACUCGUCCGCUACGGACUCGUCUCGACAGCAGCGAAAACGCGCCAAGAAAGUCGAGCGAGCGCGGGCAAAGGCGCUGGACCAGCAAUUUGUGAACAAAACGAAGUUGCGGGCCGAGCGACUCGCGCGAUUGGCGGAUUUACAGACGCAGAAUCCGCUGCUGGUGCACGUCCCUGACGGCGUCGCAAGAGCUGAUGGACGGCCGCUGCUUUUGAAGGAGAAAAGAGACCAGGAGAUGGAUGUGGAGAAGGAAAAGGGACAGGAGAUGAGGCGGUUGCACUACCAUCGAGCGUGUUACACGUGCAAAGUCCGGUUUCGGCAGCUGCACCACUUUUACGACCGAUUAUGUCCGUCGUGUGCCGAUCUGAAUUACAAGAAGCGACUGCAAAGUGCAGACUUGUAUGGGUACAUUGCAGUUGUUACCGGUGCACGAGUGAAGAUUGGGUACGAGAUUACGCUCAAGCUGCUGCGAAGUGGGGCGAAGGUUAUCGCGACCACGCGGUUUCCAAACGAUGCGGCACUUCGCUAUGCUAAGGAAAAGGACUUUGACGGCUGGAAGGACCGGCUGCAGGUUUACGGCAUGGACUUUCGUGAUUUGGGGGUGAUCGACAAGUUCAUGGACCAUAUGGAGCGAACGUAUGGGAAGCUGGAUAUUCUGGUCAAUAACGCGACGCAAACGAUUCGGAGACCCGUGCAUUACUAUCAACAUUUGAUCGAGCGGGAGAUGAAGCCGAUUCAGGAUGAUAUGGCUCAUGUGAGGCAGGUUUUGCAGGGCAAUGCGAAUCUUCUGGGUACCGGUAGUGCUGCUAUGAAUGUGAAAAGUGGCGACGGUGCUGUCAACAGCGCCGCGAUCGUCAGCACGAGCGGCGGAUCUUCGUCAGCGAUAUCUACGUCCACUCCUUCUUCCGUGUACCUCUCACAGAUGCCACUUGUUGCUGAGGACCAGCAGUCCGAAGAAACGGAGGCUUUGUUCCCCAAGGGCCAGGUAGACCACAACCAGCAGCAAGUGGAUUUGCGCAGCUCAAACUCGUGGGUGCAAGACAUUAACCAGGUCGAGACCAUCGAGCUGGUGGAAGUGUUUGCUAUCAAUACGAUGGCACCGUUCAUCCUGAACAAGCGUGCUAUUCCUCUCCUCGAAAAGAGCUCGAAUGCACGCCGCUUUAUCUUAAACGUCAGUGCGAUGGAAGGCAAGUUCUACCGGAACAAGACGCCGAACCAUCCGCACACCAACAUGGCCAAGGCAGCAGCAAAUAUGAUGACGAGAACGUGUGCGGGGGACCUUGCGCGCAAAGGCAUCUACAUGAACAGUGUUGACACGGGCUGGAUCAACGACGAGAACCCGCGGGAUGUGGCCGCUCGGAUUGCGGAUACCCACAACUUCCAGACGCCUCUUGAUGAGAUCGAUGCGGCUGCUCGUGUACUUGACCCGGUCUUUGUAUUGUUUCAAGAUGGCAACACUGACAAACCUCUGUAUGGCCAAUUCCUGAAGGACUAUACGAUCUCAGAGUGGUAG